AUGCCUGCGGAGACAACGGCGCCGCGGGGGCCGCUUCCUGCGGCCGUCAUCCAGCAGGCCUUGCGGCAGCAGCAGUGUGCCACGAACACCGGCGCCGACGCGCCUCAUGAGGCGGCCCCGCCGCCACCUGCCGUGCCUCUCCGCGUCGAGGUGGAGACGCGGCAGGGGUACGUCUACCAAGGCAAGCUGCUCUCGCUGGACGACGAGUACAACGUCGGCCUGGCGGAGGCAACCUCGUGGCGCGAGCGCCUCUGUGACGUUGAGCGUGCUCUGCUGGCGGCGGGAGGGUUUCCCGCGCCCCCCGCCAGCCCCGCGACACGCCACCGCUACUUGGGCUCCGUCUUUAUUCGCAGCAGCAACCUGCUGAUGGUGCGGUUUCUGCAGAGCGACGAGCCCGCCGCGAGAGGGGGGCGGGGGAGUAGUCACGGGACUGCCGGCUUGAAGUCCGCCUUCAAGGCCGUGGCGUCGCAGGUUAAGCGGCAGAUUAACAUGGAGCGGCAAAAGAACCGCACGGAGCGACGGAGGCGCCUUAAGCUGGCGCCGAAGACUGUGCCGACUGUGCCGACUGAGGCGGCUAAGGCGGGGGACGGCGUGCGCGCCAGAGGGGACCGGAAGACCGAUUCAAAGAGGAGAAAAGGGGCAAAAGCUGCUUCGUGA